CCGAGGACGUAAGGACUGUGCGGGGGGCGUGCAAGGGAGAUGGGAGGCGGAGAGCGAGGCGAGCAAACGGAGCACAGUGCGCAAAGGUGAGAUGUAGAUGGAGACUGGCGGAGGCCAAGGUGAGGCGAGCAUGUCGCCGACCAGAGCACAGACCUCAUCUUCGGCAACCUUCCUCCUUUCUCAACUCUCGUUCUUUGUCACUUGCCAACUCUUCCACUCCUUCAAUCCUUUCUACUCUGCUCUCGCUCAUCUCUACCCACACACGUCCCCUCCCCGUCCUGUUCUCUCUCUCCUCGCCUCCUCGUCCUCAUUCCCGCUCAGCAUGCCGUUCACCCCGACACGCCCAAGUCGGAAAGGAAGUGUGACGGGUUUUCGCAGCCAGUCGUCCCGCCCAUGCACACCCAGUGACACGCGGCGCGGCGGUGUGACAGAAGACAUCUUCACCGUUCCCCAAAUCGGCCGUCUCGCGCGCCCACGCAACGGCUCGCUCGCGUCCAAGGUGUUGGGAGCGCUGUCUCUCACACGUCGCGAGACGCCUCGCCCAGCGAUCAGCGCUCCCAUCGCAAACGUCGACUCACCGAUUCGCUACGAGGGACCAACCGUCGACCUCAAGCGCCCCCACACCUCCAUGGCCGAGGACCCGAACGAUUCCGGGCAUGACCUGCGGCGCAGCCACUCGCGUUUGCUCGGACUGUGGACGAACGAGGAUACCAAUCGCGCGCCUCGCAUUCUCGACGCGGACGACUGGCCCAACAGCCCUACCUCGGUAGCUCACUCCCUCGACAUUUCACUCACCCCGCCUCCUUCACCGUUGCGCAACACGGUCCGCGCGCGUCACAACUCAAUGUCAGCAGCGCACACGCUGUCGAUCAACUUCUUCCCUUCGCGUCAGAACAGCGCCGACUCCGUACUAAGUGUUCCAACCCUUCCUCCACUCUCACCCGCGGCGAACGAAGGAGCGUCCAUCACGCCUUCAGCUGCCAACUCGCUCAGCUCGGCCGCCUCUAAUCACUUCCGGAUCAAGCGCAAGCCCGUACCGCGCUUCGAUGAGCCUGACGGCCUCGCCUCGUGCACUACUCUGCCCGAGAGAAUUGGUGGUGCAAAGACGCUCACCCGUGCCGAACGUCACAAAAGCCUCGACACCCGCGACCUCCCGGAUCGCACGAGCCGGACCGAGUUUCAGAUCGAGUUAGGCCGCCUGUUUGAUCAGCUGUACGACGAGUGUCGCGCUGGCGCGUCCACAGAUGCCGUACGCCGUCCACCGGUGGACAAUUUGCACCGACGCUCGCGCUCUGACUACCCCGAGGCAUGCUCGUCGUCUACCCUCCGUCUCCAGCCGCGGCGUCUCUCCCGUAUACUGUGCGAAUCAGACCUCGACAACAGGUCGUUUCCUGCGACUGAGCCGCGUGCUCGCUUGGCUGAGACUAACCCUUUCUUCGGCGGGGGCCGUGACUUCGGGGCGUCUCGCUCGACAGUUAAUCUCCUCGCCGCAUCAGACGGAACACCAAAGCCUUCUAGUCACGUACCCCGCGCCUCCGGCAAUGAGGGGCGCUACGAGGUAGGCCGGCGUGAUCGGCCAAAGCUGACAGUAGACUACACCUUCCAGCAGCUCCGCGUCGAUCCAUCGCUACGCGUGAGCCAGCGUGAGUCACCACUUUGCGGCGGCGGGUACUCACUCGAGAGCGAGACGUCGCACUGGAACGUGCACCUCGUUUACCUCAACGGACAUGUUCCGUGGCUCAAACGCACGGGGUAGGUGACGGCGCCGGACGUCUCUAACGCCUGAGAAAUUCAUUAUAAUACCUCAACACCUCACCCGCUUCAUGUACAACCUACUUCUGCCCAGCAUUCUCUUCCAACUCCGACUCCUCCCCUCGCUCCGUCGCAUGUUGUAUCUUACAGGCA